CCCCCUUUAUUUUUUUCAUCAACCAACAAUCAUUCAUUCUUUCAUUCAAUUCACUCCCCACCUUUUCCCCAUUUCUUCCCCAACUUUUCAUUGCCUUUCUGUUCUUUCUCCAUUACCAGCUGCCUUAUAAAAGCACAUAUCCCCGAAUCCUCUUUGUUUAUUAGUAAUAAUAAUUGGCUUUAGAGAUGGAAAAAAGGCUGGGGGGAGGCGAUACGGCGGCGGAGGAAGAACAGGCGCAGCAGCAGAUGGAUCUGCCACCGGGGUUUCGAUUCCACCCCACGGAUGAAGAGCUCAUCACCCAUUACCUCACAAAGAAGGCUCUUGACUGUUCCUUUUCUGCUAUUGCCAUAGGAGAGGUGGACAUGAACAAGGUUGAGCCUUGGGACUUGCCAUGGAAAUCAAGAAUUGGGGAAAAGGAAUGGUAUUUUUUCUGUGUGAGGGACAAGAAGUACCCAACAGGCCUAAGAACCAACAGAGCCACUGCUUCUGGUUACUGGAAGGCCACCGGAAAAGACAAGGACAUUUUCCGGGGGAAAUGUCUCGUCGGGAUGAAGAAAACCCUAGUUUUCUACCAUGGUAGAGCUCCUAAAGGAGAGAAAACCAACUGGGUCUGCCAUGAGUACAGAUUAGAAGGCAAAUUUUCACUCCACAACUUCCCCAAUGCUGCUCAGCAUAGUGAUUGGGUAAUCAGCAGAGUGUUUCACAAGAGCUCCGGUGGGAAAAAAGACGAUAUUUCAGGUUUAUUGGACAACAACAGAUCAUCCGUUCUCCCGCCAUUAGCUGAUUCAUCACCGACUAGAACGCAACCGGAAUCCGGCAGCCACGUGCACUGCUUCUCCAAAAACCAGCAAGAAAGUAUGGGGAUGAUGAAUUCUCUAAACAACCCCGCUCCAUUACAUGUUUCAUCAUCAUCUUCUUCUUUAGCUCCAGAUCGGAAUGUUUUCCAGUGGGGCUUCUUGAAUUAUGGAUCAUUUCCUCCCAUCCAAGAGGAUCAUAUAAACCUAAGCUUCAAAACAGAGGAUGUUGUGUGCCUAGAGAAUGGUGAGCUGAAAACUCAAAUAUCUUCUGGUCCACAUGAGCUUGACUGCCUCUGGUCUUACUAAAACAAUUGUGAGGGUUUUGAUAUUUAGUUACCAUUUCACCCGUGAUGGUGUGAUCCAUAUUAUAAUAUGGAUCGUUAUUUUAUCCAUCACGUGUGAAAUGAUAAUCAGUACCAAAAUUUCUAUAGAUGUUACUUUUAUUUUUAUUGUUGAUUGACUUAGGACUAUACUGAUAUGAAUUAUGAGGAUUGUUAUUAUUAUGAUUAAGAUGUCGUUUGUAAUUAAAUAGCUUGGAUAUUAAAACUUGGUUGAGAAUAGGAGAUUCCAACUGAAAGAAGAUGUAUACUUGAUAAUGAGGAUGAGGUUGUUGGCGGCUUGAUCCUCUUUCUAUCCAUGUUUUUUGGUUUUGGAAA